AAAACUCCUAGACAUCCACUCUCAUACCAUCAUGUUUUCAUGAUGCUUCUCACUCUUCUAUUCAUGUCGACGCUUCAAGCAGUCUUAGCCACCACCAAUACCAGCCAAACCUACGAAAAAUACAUCAUCACAUCCUGCAAUUCAACCACAUAUCCACAAUUAUGCUACUCGUCCCUCUCCCCCUAUGCCUCCAAAAUCAAAGCAAAUCCCAAAAAGCUUUGCAAAACCAGCCUUUCUGUAGGCCUAGAAGCUGCACAGAAUGCAUCCUCCAUAGUAUCGAAGCAACUGAAGCAGAAGGGAUCAUUGACGAGUUCUGAAACUGCAGUUAUUAAGGACUGCGUCGUGAACAUUAAAAAAUCCAUUGAUGAGCUCCGAGAAUCCCUGGAUGCCAUGGACAAAUUAAGCGGUUGGGAUAAGGAAUUCCAGAUGUCCAACAUUAAGACUUGGGUUAGCGCGGCCUUAACGGAUGAGAAUACGUGCUUGGAUGGGUUUGAGGAAGGCCAAGAAAUAAGCGAAAAGGUGAAGAACAAGGUCAGAAAACGUAUAUUGGAAGUUGCCAGGCUGACAAGCAAUGCCUUGUAUCUCAUCAACAACCUUAAUUACUAGUUCAAAGUAACCCUAGUAUACUACUCUUGCAUGCAUGAUUCAGGUCCUUUAAUGGGACAAGUAGCAUAGUACUGUCACGGAAUAAUAACGAGAGCUUAUAUAUGUAAUGCGCGUACGCUCGAAAUGCUUAGAUCAUCAGUUUCUAUCUGUACAAAUUCUGAGACUUCGAUUGAAAAUAAGAGAGACUCUAUGUGAGU